CGUUUACCUUCGAAGACCACGAGCAGCAAGAAGACUUUCGCAGGAAACUGCAACGUUUGCAGCGGGUUAGCCAACGUAGAUUCGGGAUAACUUCAUCGUCUGUGGGCUUAGACGAGGACGUGUUCGUUUACAUGAAAGGCGAGGACAAAACCGACCACGGCGAUGGUAAAAUCGACAACGGCGACGCUAAGACCGACCCCGGCGACGAUGAGAACGAGGACGGCGAAGCUUGCACCUUCGGCGAUCUCAUCGACGGGGGUGGUGAGCACGGAAACGUCAAGAUAAGUGUAUAUUAUUAUCUUCAAAGAAGAAAUCGGGGAUAAGGGAAUCGGAGAGCUUUCAUGUGUAGAGCCAGAAGCCAUG